AUGGGUUACAAAAUUCAAGUUUUAUGGACAGUUCUCAUUUCCUUUUCAACCUUUUUCAUCGUAACAACAAACGCAGCAACCUUCAAUGUGAUGAGCUAUGGUGCAAAACCAGAUGGAAGAAGUGACUCAACUCAGCCAUUCCUCAAGGCGUGGUCUUCGGCGUGUAGGUCCGUUCAGCCGGCGACAAUGUACGUGCCCCGGGGCCGUUACUUGAUAAAAGCGGCGGUGUUUCAGGGGCCAUGCCGGAGCCGAAUCAAUGUCCACAUUGAUGGCACUCUUGUUGCACCUGAGAAUUAUUGGCAUCUCGGAAACUCGGGUUACUGGUUGUUGUUCAUUAAGGUCAACCGGCUUUCGGUUAUCGGUGGCAUAUUGGAUGCUAAGGGCACUGCUUAUUGGAACUGUCGCCGGAGAGGAGGGAACUGCCCCGUCGCAGCAAGGUCAAUAACAUUCAAUUGGGUGAAUAAUGGGUUGAUAAGUGGCUUAACAUCAAUAAACAGCCAGCUGAUGCAUGUUGUAGUGAACAGUUGCAAUAAUGUCAGAGUUCAAAAUGUGAAGAUUAUAGCUCCAGCCGAAAGUCCAAAUACAGAUGGCAUCCAUGUUCAGGGCUCAAAUAGUGUUACCAUUUAUAACAACAUCAUUAAAACUGGCGAUGAUUGCAUUUCAAUUGGUCCAGGAACAAGAAACCUUUGGAUGGAAAAGAUUAAAUGUGGCCCUGGACACGGCGUUAGCAUCGGUAGCCUAGCUAGAGGCUUCAAAGAAGAUGGAGUUGCGAACGUGACACUAAUUAAUUCAGAGUUCAGUGGAUCAGACAAUGGUCUUAGAAUAAAAUCAUGGGCAAGGCCUAGCACAGCUUUUGUUACCAACAUCAAAUUCAGAAACAUCAUCAUGAAUAAUGUGGCAAAUCCCAUCAUCAUUGAUCAAAACUACUGUCCAAAUAAUCAAGGAUGUCCUCGCCAGACUUCUGGAGUGAAGAUCAAUCAAAUUACUUACCACAACAUAAGAGGAACUUCAACAACGCUGCACGCUGUAAAGUUUGAUUGUAGUCCAAGUAAUCCAUGCAGAGGGAUCAUAAUGCAAGAUAUAAGGCUAACCCAUUUGAAAAGAAAGGCAAAAUCUUACUGUAAGAACAUUAGAGGAACUACAAGAGGAGUUAUUUGGCACGAGAAUUGUUUGUAA